CUGGGAAGAUGCUGGUGUAUGUCUGCACAUAAUAAAAUGAUAAAGCAAUACAAAGAAAUUAGGCCGCUUCCUCGUCAUCGCUUGGACAGACGGUCGUUACAUAUCGGAUGAAACAGAUCAGCCACAGAAGGCUACUCUAGUUGCUCCAUUAGAAAGUAACAGAAGACUGGGCUUUGCAUGACUUACAUUCCUGUGCAAGAGAGUUCCACCAAAACAAAGCUUUAGAAUACACGACGAUGACUUGGGGUGUUUAAAAGCACAUUCCUUAAGAUACAUUUUUUGGGAGGUAACCUUGGCUGCUCCACCCCCCCUAAACCUGCCAAUAUGUAUGGAAGUUCCCGCUCAGUGAGUAAAAUGGACAGUAAUCACGGUGGGGGUAGAAAUAACCAGAGCAACUCGGGCCGUUCACCACGGCUGCCUCGGUCACCCCGCAUGGGCCACCGUCGAACCAACAGCAUGGGGGGCAGUGGGGGAGGCCCAGGGGGCUCUGGAGGCAAGACGCUGUCCAUGGAGAACAUUCAAUCCCUGAAUGCUGCCUAUGCCACAUCAGGGCCAAUGUACAUGAGUGACAAUGAAGUCGCAAUCGGCACCUCCUCUGACCUCCCCAAGACUGGUAUGGCGACGGGACGGUUUGGUGGCAGCAUCCCUUAUGGUGUCAGAGGAACGGUAGCGGGCAGCACACCUGAUAUGGCUAUGGUGCCGGCAGUAUCCACCGACUCUAUGGGCUUUGGAGGGGAGAUCCACGCAGCAUCGACCGUUCCUCACUCCCUACGUCAGGCGAGAGACAACACCAUCAUGGAGCUCCAAGCCCAGCUCAAGGAGGUGCUGAGGGAGAACGAGCUCCUCCAGAAAGAGAUAGAGGUGAAAGAAAGCAAGCUCAGCUCCUCCAUGAGCUCCAUCAAAAGUUUCUGGAGCCCGGAGCUGAAGAAAGAACGUGCACUGCGCAAAGAUGAAGCAUCCAAAAUAACAGUGUGGAAGGAGCAGUAUCGUGCAGUGCAAGAUGAGACACAGCACCUUCAUACAACCGUGCAGGCACUGCAGGCCGAGCUGCGCAUCCAGCGUGACUUGAACCAGCUGCUCCAACCACCUGGGGAGCCACUGGCCUGUGAGCCCAGUGAGGAGCAGGAAAGGCAGGCUCGAGAGCUUUUUUUGCUCCGCCGUACCCUGGAGGAGAUGGAGGUUCGCUUAGAAACCCAACGGCAGACGCUAGUUGCUCGCGAUGACUCAGUCAAAAAGCUCCUGGAGAUGUUGCACAGCAAGGGCCCCUCGGCUAAAGCCAGCGAAGAGGAUCAUGAGCGAACACGUCGCCUUGCAGAUGCUGAGAUGCAUGCACACCACAUGGAGAACCUUCUAGAACAGCGUGAUAAAGAGCUGGCUGCUUUGAGAGAGGAGCUGCAUCGCCGUCUUGAGGGGACGCCAGAGUCUACGAAAACCAAAGCUCUUCAGACUGUAAUUGAAAUGAAGGACUCCCAAAUAGGUUCUCUAGAGCGGGGCCUCAGAGAGCUGGAGGAUCAGGUCAUGAUGCUACGAUCCAGUAGUAUGCUCAGCUGUGAAGAACGGCAGGAGGAGGCCAAACAGAUGGAGGUCUAUCGUAACCACACUAAGUUCAUGAAGAACAAGAUGGAUCAGCUGAAGCAGGACCUGUCCAGGAAGGAUACUCAGCUCCUCGGUUUGCAGACCAAGUUGGAGACUCUAAAUAACCAGUUCUCUGACAGUAAACAGCAUAUUGAAGUGCUCAAAGAGUCUCUGACUGCCAAAGAACAACGUGCUGCUAUAUUACAGACAGAGGUGGAUGCUCUGAGGUUGCGUCUGGAGGAGAAGGAGACCAUGCUGAACAAAAAGAGCAAGCAGAUUCAAGAAAUGUCUGAAGAAAAGAGCACACUCAAUGGAGAAAUCCAUGAUCUGAAAGACAUGCUGGAUGUCAAGGAGCGCAAAGUCCACGUGCUUCAGAAAAAAAUUGAAAACCUGCAGGAGCAGCUGAGGGAUAAGGAGAAGCAGAUGAGCAGUCUUAGGGAGAGAGUGAAAUCCCUGCAGACGGAUACUUCUAAUACAGACACAGCCCUCACUACACUGGAGGACUCACUGGCUGAGAAGGAGCGUAUUAUUGAGCGUCUGAAGGAGCAGCGUGACCGCGAGGAGCGAGAAAAAGCAGAGGAGCUGGACAACAGCAAGAAAGAGUUGAAAGAGUUAAAGGAGAAAGUCAGCAUGCUGCAGGGAGACCUGUCAGACCGUGAGACUUCUCUCCUGGACCUCAAAGAGCAUGCAUCAUCUCUGGCAUCUUCUGGCCUGAAGAAAGACUCCAAACUGAAAAGUUUAGAGAUUGCUCUUGAGCAACGAAUGGAGGAGUGCACCAAGCUUGAGAACCAACUGAAGAAGGCCCAGAGUGCCGCAGUCAAUGCACAGGCCAAUUCCGAGCUUUCAGAGCGAAUUUCCUCACUUGAAUCUGAUGUGGCCAGACACAGAGAGGACUCUGCCAAGGCUCAGGCUGAAGUUGAUCGCCUAUUGGACAUUCUACGUCAGAUGGAGUACGAGAAAAAUGACAAGGACAAAAAAAUCAAUGAACUGGAGAGUGUGGCUUCCAGGCAAAUGAAAGAGCAAAGCAAGAAGGUUUCUGGCAAACACAAGGAGCCGUCAGGGAAGGGCAGAAAUGUCAACGAUGGCCCGCAGCAGGAGUCCUUGCGGCAGAAGGUUGAGCGUAUUGAAGAGUUGGAGGAGGCUCUUAGAGAGAGUGUUCAAAUCACUGUAGAGAGAGAGAUGGUGCUGGCACAGGAGGAGGCAGCAAGAAACCACCAAGAAAAACAGAUGGAAGAAUUAAUUGGAGCGAUGGAGAAAGUGAAGCUAGAACUUGAGUCCAUGAAGGCCAAGAUGUCAUCCACCCAGCAGUCUCUGGCCGAGAAAGAAGCUCAUCUAACCACACUGAGAGCUGAGAGGAGGCGACAUCUGGAGGAGGUGCUGGAGAUGAAGCAGGAGGCUCUGCUGGCUGCCAUUAGUGAGAAAGAUGCAAACAUAGCUUUGCUGGAGCUGUCCUCAUCUAAAAAGAAGAAGACCCAAGAGGAAGUUGCUCAGCUGCGGAGAGAGAAGGACCGUUUGGUGCAUCAACUCAAACAGCAGACACAGAACCGUAUGAAGCUUAUGGCGGAUAAUUAUGAUGACGGCUACUUGAAAACACCACCUGACCAGACCAACCACAAACCUCCAAAAUCACCCGAUCAGAUAAGAUCUGGGAGGAGUGCUACAGUGCGCAGGAGCUCUACACUGGCCACCUGAUAUCCCCUAUACAACCACCCCCUCAAUCCCUUAAUUUACAGAAUCAACUCAGCCCACACCUCAUCACACCAGUAGCCCAGGACCCACUGUCAGUGUCAUUGAACACAUUUUCACUGUGGGAGCCUGGGUUGGUGAGUCAGUGUGGAGCUGCAAUUAGGAUUCUUGGACCCUGCUUUGGACCUCUGACACUGGAGCAGACCUCCCUCCGGAACCAAAACAGCAAUGAUCGAACCCUCCAGCUUUUACUGUCUCUCUGCCCUCAAAGAGCCUGUAACAGUCUCUAGUCUUAAUACUGGUGCAGAUUUGAAAAUAUGCAGUGUUAGUUGAGUCAUGAAUGCUACUUUAAUUUUGUCCUCUUGAUAUGUCAUCAUGGUUGAGUAUAAAAAAUAUAGAAUUUUAACCAAUGGGUGGUGCUAUAUAAAACAAUCUGAAUGCCAAACUGUUGUUAAACAAAAAAAAAAGUGUUAUGCUAAUUAAACUGCACCAAGUAUUAAGACUAUUGUAUUAUCACUUGGACCCUUGAUCCAAUCUGCAUUUAGAGGUUUUCUUGCACAUACAGUAUAACUGGAUCUUCUUCAUUGAAUGACAUUUACCCUUUACUAGAAAACUAUAAGACACCUUCAAGAGCAUGAUGUGAACAUUUAUAGAUAGUGAUGUCUAUUUGUCACACCUGACUUUGUCAGUGGAUCAGAUCAGGUUCUUUAUGUCCCUUAAUUCCAAUUAACAGCUGCUACAUAAAAUAGACAUUAAAGACCCCAUGAAAUCAUAAGUGGAUUUUUGUGGCUUUUAGUUCGUCUGUAAAGAAUGCAAACCGAUCUUUCAGUACAUAUACACAUUUACAAUUUUAAGUCAUUCUCUUUGGUAAAAAAGGACCAAAAAAUAGAAGACAUCCUGCACUACACAGAUUUUUGUCCAAUAAAAUGCUCUAGAAUGAGAAUGUCUCUCCCCCUAACACAAUCUGCAACCGAAUAGCAGGUAGGAAAUUGUGGUUCAUGGUGGUGAUGAAACUAAAGCCUAUUGGCUAUUUAAAAAAAAAAAAAGAAGGGUUGUGGCCUUCGAGAUGUCCUGCCCAUAUAGAAAAUAUGUCAACACAGGAAAAGAAAACAGUGCUCGUUAGGUGAUUUCAUGGGGUCUUUAAAUAUUUUAUUGCUCAUGAAGGAGUUAUAAAGGGGAUUGUUCAGGAUUUAAAAAAUAAGAUGUUCUUAAUUUACUGUGACUUUAGUCGUUUUCUAGCAGCUCUUAGACAGGACUCCUGAAUAUCUUCAUAUCAUAUCCUGAUAACCAGUUUUUAAGAGCUCAUUGCUGGUUUUAUGUGCUCUCAUAAACAUGGAUAUCAUUGUGUCUGUCUCUCUAUCUCUCUCUCAAAGUGGAUUUUUUAAUGUUGCAUUUGUGGCCUUUUGUCUUCGUGUAUUAAAACGAUUAUAAUCCACACAAAAAAAAAUUUACGAAAAAAUGAAAAGAUGAUGAAAUCAGUCAAAAGACACAGAAAUUAGUGUUCUGACUUUGUAUAAAUGUGUAUGUAUAUAAAAACGU